UCUCUCUCAUCUGCUCCUCCUCGUUUCUCCGGAAAGCGGCGCGACCUCCGCUCAGGCCACCGGCGGGCGAGCGCUCAACUCCCCGUACGCCACCGGCGGCGCGGCGCGGCGCGCCUCUUCCCUCCCCCCUAUCCGAGCUCACCGCAGAUCGGGCAUUCGGUCCUUCCCUCCCCCCACCGUCGCCCGUUCGGCACCUGUUGGUGCUUUUUUUUAAGGGGGUUCUCUGCGUUGCGGGAUCGCUCCCAAUCGAUGGCGCAGAGCAACUGGGAAGCAGAUAAGAUGCUCGAUGUGUAUAUCUAUGACUAUUUGUUGAAGAGGAACUUGCAGUCGACGGCCAAGGAAUUCAUGGCGGAGGGAAAGGUCGCCGCUGAUCCAGUCGCAAUUGAUGCUCCUGGUGGGUUUCUCUUUGAGUGGUGGUCUGUUUUUUGGGAUAUAUUUAUUGCAAGAACAAAUGAGAAGCACUCUGAGGUUGCAGCGGCAUACCUAGAGGCACAACAACUAAAAGCAAGAGAGCAGCAACAGCAGAUUCAGAUGCAACAGUUGCAACUCAUACAACAUAGACAUGCUCAGCUGCAGCGAAGUAAUGCAAGUCAUCCUUCACUCAAUGGUCCAAUCAACACCCUAAAUUCUGAUGGCAUUCUGGGACCAUCAACAGCUAGUGUUUUGGCUGCGAAGAUGUAUGAAGAGCGCUUGAAGCACCCUCAAUCCAUGGACUCUGAGGGAUCACCGCUUCUUGAUGCUAGUAGGAUGGCUCUUCUCAAGUCAGCUGCAACAAAUCAUGCAGGGCAAGUAGUUCCCGGGACUCCUGGAAAUGUGUCUACAACGCUACAACAAAUUCAGGCUAGGAACCAGCAAAGUAUUGAUAUAAAAAGUGAUGGUAACAUGGGUGUUGCCCAAAGAUCUUUGCCCAUGGACCCAUCAUCCUUGUAUAGGCAGGGUAUUAUCCAGCCAAAACCUGGAUUGAGUGAUGCAGGACUGAACCAAGGAGUAAGCGGUCUACCAUUGAAGGGUUGGCCAUUAACCGGAAUUGACCAAUUGCGACCAAAUUUAGGUGCACAAAUGCAGAAGCCAUUUCUAUCAACACAGUCACAGUUUCAACUUAUGUCACCACAACAGCAGCAGCAAUUCUUAGCACAGGCCCAAGCACAAGGAAAUCUUAGCAACUCUAUUAAUUAUGGGGAUUUGGAUCCCCGGAGAUAUACAUCGCUAACCAGGGGUGGCCUGAAUGGUAAGGAUGGACAGCCUGCUGGAACUGAUGGAUGUAUUAGUUCCCCAAUGCAAUCCAGUUCACCGAAAGUCAGGUCAGACCAAGAGUAUCUGAUGAAGGUACAACAGACAUCUUCCCAGCAACCGCAGGAACAGCAACAGCAGGAACAACAACAGCAGCAGAGCCAGCAACAGCAGCAGCAAAACCAACAGCAAAUGCAACAGGGCAAUAGGAAAAGAAAACAACCUUCAUCGUCAGGAGCAGCAAAUAGUACUGGAACAGGGAAUGCAGUUGGUCCAUCAACUAAUUCUCCACCAUCUACUCCAUCCACGCAUACCCCUGGAGAUGGAGUUGGGAUGGCUGGCAAUAUGCGCCAUGUCCCGAACAAUUUAAUGAUGUAUGGUGCGGAUGGAACUGGACUAGUGUCCUCUUCAAACCAAAUGGAUGAUCUUGAGCCAUUUGGUGAUGUUGGCUCUCUGGAAGAUAAUGUUGAAUCAUUCUUGGCCGAUGAUGAUGGAGAUGCAACAAGGGAUAUUUUUGCUGCACUUGGAAGAAGUCCUGCAUAGCCUACCCAAGCGGCUUCAAAAGGUUUUACCUUCGAUGAGAUUAAUUGUUGGCGCACAAAAAAUAGCAAAGUUGUCUGCUGCCAUUUUUCUUCAGACGGCAAGAUAUUGGCUAGUGCUGGACAUGAAAAGAAGGUAUUAGAAAUGGUCCCUUUUUUUCACCUCUGGCUUUUCGGUUUAGUAUGGUGACUGUACUUUGGAACAUGGACAAUUUCCAGACCCAGUAUACGUCAGAGGAAUACAGCCUCAUAAUUACCGA